UCCCCAACGAAAGGAUUCCGGCAGCUGCUUAUUAUUUAUUAAAUAAUUAAAGAUCCGUAUCAGAUUUUGCAUUUGGCUUUUAAUGCUAUAAAUAGACCAAUCAUUGUUCAUAUCGUCUCAAAUAUAAGAUUCGGGAGGUUUUGUUUUUUUCUACGAGAAAUGGCCAACGCAAUUCGAUUCUUUACUCUAAAUACCGGAGCCAAAAUCCCCUCCGUUGGCCUCGGCACUUGGCAAUCUGAACCUAGCGUUGUUGGCGACGCUGUUACUGCUGCCAUUAAGGCUGGAUAUAGACAUAUUGAUUGUGCUUCAGUUUAUGGCAAUGAGAAGGAGGUUGGUUUAGCACUGAAAAAGCUGUUUGAUGAUGGCGUAGUGAAGCGUGAGGAGUUGUGGAUUACCUCAAAACUCUGGUGUACUGACCAUGAUCCAGAAGAUGUACCAGUGGCGUUGAAUAGAACUUUGCAGGACUUGCAACUUGAAUAUCUAGAUCUGUAUCUGAUCCAUUGGCCAGCAAGCAUGAAGAAGGGUUCGGUUGGGUUUAAGCCAGAGAACCUUACACGCCCAAAUAUACCAAGCACAUGGAAAGCAAUGGAAGCACUGUAUGAUUCUGGUAAGGCUAGAGCUAUUGGGGUUAGUAAUUUCACUGCAAAAAAGCUUGGAGAUCUGCUUGAAGUUUCUAGAGUUCCUCCUGCUGUUAAUCAAGUAGAGAUUCACCCUGUCUGGCAGCAGCCUAAGCUUCAUGAAUUCUGUAACUCCAAGAGAAUUCACUUAACUGGGUAUUCACCAUUAGGUUCCCCUGGAUUAGGAAGUGUGAAGGUUCAGGUUCUCAAGCAUCCAAUUCUACAGGAAGUUGCUGAGAAAUUAGGGAAAUCUACUGCACAAGUGGCUCUUCGAUGGGGGUUACAAAUGGGCCACAGUGUGCUGCCUAAGAGCACAAAUGAGGCAAGAAUAAAGGAAAACUUGGACGUUUUUGAUUGGUCAAUUCCUGAAGAUUUGUUCGCCAAGUUCUCUGAAAUUGAACAGGUGAGGUUAAUUAGAGGCACUGGAUUUGUUGAUCAGACCUACGGCUUUUACAAGACAGUGGAAGAACUUUGGGAUGGUGAACUGUGAGAGAAAAAGACUAGAUUUUCCAUUUUGGCUGCUUCUGUCUUGUAUUCUUACAUUUCAAUAGUAAUCAGCUUUGCAAUUUGAUGCUGCACUUAAUAACCAAAUAAGAUAGAUGGAGCCAGAGGAAUUUUUCAUUUACCAGAAUUGGAAUUGUUGUUUUCUUAUUUCUAGUUUAAUACUACAAAUAAUAGUCUUAAACGUAUAUUUAAUUUCUAAUUAAUGCUUAUUUUAGUUUAUCAA